AGAGUUUAUGUUUACAAAGAAAACGAUAGCAAUAGUUAUGUUUACAAGGAAUACGAUAGCAAGAGUUUAUGUUUACAAAGAAUACGAUAGCAAGAGUUAUGAUUACAAGAAAUAUGAUAGCAAGAAAUAUGCUUACAAGGAAGAUGUUAGCAAGAGUUAUGCUUACAAGGAAUACGAUUGCAAGAAAUAUGCUUACAAGGAAUAUGAUAGCAAGAGUUAUGUUUACAAGGUUUACGAUAGAAAGAGUUAUGUUUACAAGGAAAACGAUAGCAAGAGUUAUGUUUACAAGGAAUACGAUAGCAAUAGUUAUGUUUACAAGGAAUACGAUAGCAAGAGUUAUGUUUACAAGGAAUACGAUAGCAAGAAUUAUGCUUUCAAGGAAUAUGAUAGCAAGAGUUAUGUUUACAAGGUUUACGAUAGGAAAAGUUAUGUUUACAAAGUUUACGAUAGGAAGAGUUAUGCUUACAAGGAAUACGAUAACAAGAGUCAUGUUUACAAGGAAUACGAUAGCAAGAAAUAUGCUUACAAGGAAUACGAUAGCAAUAGUUAUGCUUACAAGGAUUUUAUUAUAGUCAGAGAUGUUCUUACGAAAUCUUUCCAAAUUCAAUUCAACGUUUAA